UGAGGGUUGUUAAUACAGUGAUUUUGAAAUGCAUUGCUUAUUUAUUCUGUUUGGAUAUGUUCGAAAACGAAACAUAAACCGUAGUUAAUGUAAAUGUAGUAGAUUCCUUUUAAAUUUUAUGUGGUUAAACGUUAUUAAAAAGGCACAAUAGACGAGCAAUAAUCUACCCACAACUUUCAUAACACAGAAGGGACCACGCCUCACGAAAAGUUGGUCGGCCAGGUUUCCUUGCUGGGAGUUCCCGACACAACAGAGCUAUUAGUCAGUGAGGAGUUUCAGUGUUGAGAUUGUUUUUACCACGAAUUAGGUUGUUUCAACGAUGAAAGCGGUGCAAGUAUAUCUGUUGUUACACGUUCUUUUGACGACCAGUGUCUUGGUAAACACGUUUGAUCCGAUGGAAAUCUUUCUCAGAAUCUUCAAUGUCCAUGAAAGUUGUAAUUCCAAAUGGAUAUCCUUCAAUGCAGCAGGACUCAGCACUGACCUGAAGAGCAAACUGGUCGGACAACACAUCGCGUCACACAUCAUCCUGAAAGCUGUGAAUGGAUUCAUGAGAAACGACAGCCCGGAGAAGCCCCUGGUGCUUUCUCUGCACGGACCGACAGGCACAGGGAAGAGCUUUGUCAGUAGGCUCAUAGCUAAAAACAUUUACAAGGAGGGAAUGGACAGCAGCUUUGUCCAUGUUUUCAUAUCUACACAUCACUUCCCACAUAAAAGUCAAAUUGAUACCUACAAGACUCAGUUAAAACAGUGGAUCAAAGGCAACGUAACCAACUGUGCACGAUCCAUGUUCGUCUUUGAUGAGGUGGACAAGAUGCAUCCCGGCUUGAUUGACAGCAUUAAGCCGUACCUGGACUACUACAACAAAGUAGACGGAGUUUCUUAUCGGGAAGCCAUCUUCAUCUUCCUCAGCAAUGCGGGAGGGGAGAGCAUCACACAGACAGCUUUAGAUUUCUGGAAAGAAGGACGAAAUCGAGAAGAGAUAGAGCUCCAAGACCUGGAAACAUCGCUCUCUGAAUCAGCGUUUAACAAGAAGGAGGGUGGUUUGGGGCAUUCAAGCUUGAUUGACCAGAACAUGGUGGAUUUCUUCAUCCCGUUUCUGCCUCUGGAAUAUCAACACAUCGUUCAGUGUGUCAUGGCUGAGAUGAAAGCCAAAAAACUGGAGCCAGACCAGGAUGUGGCAAAUGAGGUUGCCAGAGAUUUGCAUUAUUUCCCCAAAUUUGAGAGAGUGUUCUCUGUCAGAGGCUGCAAGACCGUAGCGAGUAGGCUGCACUUCUACACAAAGUAAUAAUUAUGCACU